AUGGACUCCUCUACUACUGAACGAGCUGAGGGGGGCUCCUACAAUUUUACGGAGUGGCAAUGGCCACGAUUUCCUGUUGGAUCCACCUACAUCCCCAUUCGACCAACACCCCCAAGGAGCAAGACCAGAAACGCUCCUGCGCCUUGCCCACCGCUGCUCCUUCUCGACCACGCAGACACUCUCGUGUUCAUCGAUUCACCACCACGACCAUCGACCAGCUCUAUUUUACCUGCCUCAAGGGAAUAUAUACCCCACCGCGUACACAGCCAGAAGCUCUUGGAAACUGAUUCCUCUUUCUUCAAGAAGCUCUUCAAUCCGAGGACGCAGGCUCGGAUUGUCAAGCGCCGUGGACUCACUGGCGGACUUACAAACGAGCUCAAGUAUGUUAUAGAUCUGACUCCUCCGACAGAGGGGGAAGAGGCGGUCAUCACCAUCACGGAGCUUUCUUGCCCUCUUGGUAUCAGAACCUGGACCCGAUGUCAGAAUCGAUGGUGCCUCCCUGCCUCAUGCGUUGGGGGGCAGGACGAGGUUGAGGCGUUGGAUACAAAUACACACAAAGGCUUCGGCAGACCGCCGUCCCAUGAGUCGAGUAGUUCAGUUGCGCAGAAUCCUGAGACAGAUGAACGGGCUGGGAACCAUCAGGAAGGUGAGGUGGGAAACAAUGCUGCCAAAUCGCCCGAAGCUUCGGAUUCUAAGGCAGAACGCGAGAACCUUGAAUUACCGCUAGACUACUCUGCUUCUCGUCACCAUGCAGGCAUUGAACAGAUCUUGCAGGCUCUGGAAGAUUUCCAUCCUCAACUUGACACUCCUUGCAAGCUUUGGACCUUUUUCGCCCUGGCGAAGCUGUAUGAUAUCGCCACGACACCGAAGAUAUGCGACCUCAUUCUUUCCUGGUUUUACGAGUCCACCAACGUCCGAUUCAUUGAGAUCCACCCAGAGAUCAGCUAUCGGAUAGCUUGUGGAAUCCAGUGCACCUCCCUUUGUCGGGACACCUUCUCUAUCCUUGUAGGGGAGGAGGCCCUACUUCUGCUGGUUAACGGGGACGAACCAGCCCGCCUGGGGAGGCCUCAGGUGACAUGGCACGGACGCCUCCGUGAGUCGCUAGAUGACACAGAGCUCCAGCGUAUUGAGUACGCAAGUAAGAGCUUCCUGGAUCAUGUUAUAGAUCGUUUCGUUCACUUGAUGGGGGCUAGCAUGGCAUGGCUCCAUGGUUUAUCUGAGUUUCAGAAAGUUUACCAUUUCCAACCAAGAUCCUCACAAGAAGAGGAAGCCAAGUCUUGGCUUCUCACUGCUCUGAAAGACUUUGUGAGAUGUACCUUAUUGUCGCCACUAAGCGGCGGUUUUCCUGAAAGAGGGUACCAAGAAGUAUCCCUCAGCUCGCAGGACCAUGAGGGCUAUCCACCACCAGAUUUCGCGAACGCUUACAGAGACAUGUCGCCAGCAGAGCGCAUAAUUAGCAGGACAUUUUGGCACCGUCUAUCCAUUGAGAGUUUUAGCGGCCAGUGCCCUAUUCUCCCCGCAAAACAGCCUUCCGUCAUUCCCUCCCUUGCCAAGAGCAUUCCACAGUUCAGAGAGCAAGAAGACUGGCACACCAGUAGUAUAUUACGAAAAGGGUUGAUAAGCAGAGUCGUAGACUUCAAUGCUUUCUACAGAAGGCUAGGGCGGAGAGUCUUCGAUUUGAACACGGGACGGCCCCAAAUGACGGCAAACACCCCCACAUCGGGGUUCUCUAUAUCCAGCGCGGCCCAACUACAGAAUCUCCCGGGGAUUGAUUUGGUUCUACCGCGUGAGAUGAUAGAAUUUGACUUGGACAUCUUCUUCGCUCAGGUUCAAGCUUACGUAAAUGACUACGCCAAGCAGAUGAUCACCCCUCGGUCUUCAACCAUGUUCUACGAAUUGACUGAUACUCUGACAUGUCUCACGGAGAAUGAGUUCAAGUAUCUUCCCUUGUGGGCGGGUGGCAAUGAUGACGGAUCCGGAGGCGUCUUUACUGAUGAUAACGUGCCAUUACUUGAGACCGGGGGCUUCUCGACUCCGGGGCCAGCAAUCCAUACAGGUAGCACGGCCUCCUCGGUGAUGUCGCAUUCCACCAUCGCAGCCUCAGACAUUGAGACUACAGUCCAAGGUGCCUCCCACAGGGCCACGGAAAGUCAUCAGAGUGAUCUAAUGUCGAUUGAUACGGAUAUUGAACGGGACAGUGGAAGGAACAGCGACCGUGUAUCGUAUUCGUGGCAGAGUGCUGACGACGAUACCUCGAUCGACCUGAGCUCUGCCGAUGACGAGUUUGACUUUGAUUCCGCUAGUGACUCUACCGACACCGUUGUUAUGGGCUCUCCGAGUCAUAGUGACCUUCUGAGUGACUUUGAGGAGGUGCAUAUGGACGACAAUGAUUCUGGUUCACGUCACUGA